CAUUGAUGUUCAGAUAAAACGGCUGAAAAGAGCAGGAAGAAAAAUAAUUGAGAAAGUUUCCUCAUCGACUGACAGCACUUAAUCUGAAGUCAGCAUCUGGAAAUCUGACACAAUGAGCCGUCCACAGGGCUACAUAGAAGGUGAAGCUCCAGCCUCCCAACAACACUCAGGGUCAAAUGGAGGGUCAAAGGUCAGAUCAGAGAGAGUGGCCCUGCUGGUUGUCAGCGCUCUCCUGGCAGCUGCUGUCAUUGUUAUUUGCCGUCUCUCUCUUGAUAACAUGCACACCAAGCAAAGUUUCCAGACUCUGAGAGACGAGCAUGAAGCUGUGAAAAGAAAUCUCACAGAGAGACGCUGUGAAGUAAAAUCAUACAACACGGUGCAGCAAACCAGCCCACAACCUCCUGUAGUAAAAGAAAAUGACCCGCGUCCAAAAUGUGAACAUGGCUGGGAGCAGUAUGGAAGACAGUGUUAUUAUUUCUCCAUCGAUCUUUUAACCUGGAGUAAGAGCAGAGAUGAAUGCCGACAGAAAGGAGGAGAUCUGGUUCAGAUAGACAGCAGAGAGGAGCAGACAUUCCUGGAGCUAAAACUGAGAGAAAAAAAUAACUUUGAAUGGGACGUGUUCUGGAUCGGACUGACAGACUCAGAGAAAGAGGGCACAUGGUUGUGGGUAGACGGCUCACCACUGAACGAGAGUUUGACAUUUUGGUUCCUCGGUGAGCCAGAUAACUGGACAGGGAAUGAUCCUGAUGGAGCGGACUGUGUGAGGAUGGGAAAGAAAGCAGGAGCUCCCGAUAUGAAACGUUGGUUUGAUGAAUCCUGCAAAUAUACUUACAGAAGUAUUUGUGAGAAACCAGCAGAAACUAGACAUUUUACUCUUCACUGUGUCUGAAAUGUAGUUUAAAUGAAGUCUCAGCCUGUUAAACAAUCUCAGUACAGGAUACAGAAUUUGGAGCAGUUUUAUUUUUAUAUAUGUAAUGUUAAAAUAAAUGAAUAAAUAAGGAAAAUAUUAAAAUGCAGUUUGUUUAAUGUGCCCAACAAUACUA